CGAAAUAUUCGAAUAUUCCCAGAGGCAUGCGCCUUCAAUUUCCAGUCAUCGUGUACUGUACCUCCACCCGGAGGUUCAUCAUCAUCAUCCCGUUCAUGAGCGUCGUAAGUUAUGCAUGUUAUAGAUCGACUUAUGAUACUGUAAUGCACCGAUCGUCUUGCGCAGCUCACUGCCUCGAGCUCGAAUGUUGCCCCGGAUAGACCCGCUCCAAUCGCGACCAUCAGCGCGCUCGAAAGCGACUCAAUUUCUACUCUCACAGUAAACAACGGCCAGUGUUCCAGUCACGGUGCCGCGAGCGUGCGUGUCGGGCCACGAUGCCACUCGCCAACAUACCAGCGGAGCUCAUCUACCACAUCCUCGAACAGGGCUACUACACCCCCGUCGGCAGUGUCGACCAGCAAACGCUGCGCGCGUGCGCCCUCGUCUCGCGCAACUGGGCUAAGCCCGCCCAACAGCUCCUCUUCCACUCCGUCGGCGUCAAGCAGUGCAUCGAGUUCACCGUGCUCUUCUCUCGGGGCGGGCUCCCCCCAGGCUCGGCUGCGCGGCUCGGCGGGUACGUGCGCAGCCUCGACUUCGUGUUCGACAUCCACAAGUAUAUAUACGUCACGGGGGCCAGCAUCCGGUGUCCGUCCACGUUCGUGGCGCUGCUGUCCUUCUUCCCGCGGUUGUACCAGCUAUCCCUGUUCGUCAGUGGGAAGGGCGCGAUCCCCUCCAAGUGUAUCCGUCAGCUAGAGAUACUCGUGGCCACGCCACACCGCCAGCCACUGCGAGCACUCUCGCUGAUGGGCGCGAGCGAUGCCCCAAUGGUUCUGUUCCAGCUCUUGAGCGUCUUCUCCGGCGUCCAGUUCCUCCGCCUGGAGAGGUACUCCAGCCCCCGAUGCCCUCCCGGCGUCGCCCCCGUCAAGCUCUGCGAACUCAAUCUGCGGUUCCUGCCCGAGUUGAAGGUCCUCCGCUGGAUUCUCUCGUCGUCCCGGUCCACACUCCAGAUCCUGGACCUCCACAUACCCAUGCUGAACGACGACUACCUCGCCCUUCUCAUCGAACACGCGCCGCAGGUGCGUUCGCUGAGGCUGCACAUCGGGUGCCCGGAUAUGAACUUGGACUCCCUCAUCAGAGCGUGCGUCAAACUCGAGGAGCUUGUCCUGCACCAGUCGCUCGACUGGCCCUCUGAGAUCCCCGCGUCCCUACAACAUUUGUGCAUAGACAAGAUUGCCGACGAGACACUGACAGUCCUCGAAUCGCUACCCCGCCUUCGAUUCUUGACGAUCACAACGCAGCAUGCUUCAUUGCACCAUGACUUCCACCGGCUGGUAAGGAAGUGCGACGCCAGAAGGAUUGAGCUGUCGUUCAAGAGAUUCGAGGCCGAGGACCCUGUACACGUCAAACAUUUCCCGAGAGGCAGGUCUGUAGAAAACUUCUCGCUCAUGCGCUGAGACCUAUUGUAUCGCUGGAACGAUGCUCCGCCAAACCGCAGACAACGACGUUAGGCCUUCCUGGCCAGAAUUCCGCAUCCAUAACUUACGCUAUAGUAUAC